GAACAGCAGGCCUUCCACUCUCUUUGAAAGACGAUCCUUAUUCACCUUCAAUUCCCAAACUCUUUUUUGACCCAUUUCACACUUGCUGCUAGCUCAGCGAGACCAACAACGACAACACCACCAGGCAAACAACCAAAAAUCAACCAAAAAUCAACCGACCAUCUCAGACUUCUCCUGCGACUGCAUCGGCCUGGACCGGAACCACAAGCCCAUCUUCUGCGACUUUCCGGUAUCACAAGUGCAACCCCGAAGUAAGACUGUCGUGCCACCACCAAGUGCACGCUUAUCCGACGCAACCUUGCGAAGCACAGCGUGAUCCCUCUUCACACCCUUUCUAUCGCAGUGCGACAAGAGACUAGAGGACCUUUGUUGCAUCGUUCCCUUGUGGACCUUUCAGACCUCGUGCCUACACCAGAGCAAUUUAUCCCAGGCAUACCCCGCAAUCUUGCAGCUCGGUCAUCGAAGCAGCCAACUACCAUCGCUCUUUGUAUUACCGGCCCGGACUUGGACCCUCUCUGCAAUAUCCUAAAUUCUUUCUGAAUUAACCAUCAACAUGUCUCUCGCUCGCGCUCUUACUAGGCGCAUCCAGCGCACUGAAGUGCCGUCUUCGCCACCCCCAGCCCGGAGCCAGAGUGUCAAGAACCCCGCCAUGAUUGAUCGUUCGAAGAUAUCACUACCUGUGGCUUUGGUAUCGACCACCAACAUGCUUAGCUACAACGCUCCGGACAUUGCAGGUUCAAACAUGAGGAAGGUCUCUUCAUCGACUGCCUCUACCCACUCUUCGGCGGACGACUCGGACCACAGCGUAUCGACUGGAAGAUCUCGGGCUUCUACCGUUGGAUCCCGCGACACAACGCUCACCGACGCCUCUUCUGUGGAGUCUUCGCCCACCUCACCAGCACCAAACCAUCUUUCUGGCUACUUCCCUCCGGGCAAGCAACUACGAAAGUCCGCAUCGACCAACAGUCUCUCGAAGGUACAGGAAGAGAUCGUAGAGCCAAUCCCAGCCAUCCCAACGAGGGCCGUUUCUCACAGCAAGCGCGCGCACGAGCGCCUAGCAGCAAAGAGGUCUCUCAACAAUAUCGGCUCUCGUGGCAGCCAAGGAUCCUUACGAAACUCACGAGAGCAGCGCUCUUCAGUCGACAUGUUCAGCGCUACCAUCACAGAGGAGGCCCACCCCUUCGGUCGCGAACUGGAGCAGCUCAAUGAGAUCGUCGAGGAGUUUGGAGGUGUCAUUCGCGACGCCGAAGCCGAAGCGGAUAUGUCCGUCAUGCGCGCGAAGAACUUAGCAGCGUACUGCGCUGCCGAGUACCUAUCAGAAAUCCGGCCGCUUUUCAACAACCGCUUCGGUCUCGCACAGCAAGCACCUCCCAUGGCUUGGAUAUAGUUCUUCUCGCCGAACUUUCGCGCUUAUCUACACUCACGGUCUCCUUGAUUUUACUCGAUACCAUAGACGAUGGUCUACACUCCUAACUUCACUGUAUAUAUUAACGGGAUUCCGUUCUAUUCUGUCCUUUUCACUAAUGUUAUUUCGUAUUUGUCUGCUGAUCUGGUUGACGGAACGAAAAUCACGGCGUUCCGGAAGCCCUCAUCAGGCUUGGGGGUACAUGAUACCCCGUUCUUUCGUUCACGAACUAUUUCCUGUCUCGGCGGUGUGUUGGAAAUGUUGGCUGGGUCACCAGUCGGGGCGAGGCCCGGAAGCUGUGUUUUGGAUAUGUGGGCUGAGAAGAUGUCUGUACUACAAUGUCUUUACCAAAUCUACAUAUUGUCAAAUCUAUGCUCCAUACUUCAAACUUC